AUGGGUAGCAACGGCGUCUGGCCCGCGGAGUCGGAGAAGAACCCCUCCCUCCUCCUCCACAACCCGCACGACUUGCGCCCCUCAAACCGCCCCGUCCCCCAACCCACGACCCCUCACGACGUCCUCGUCCGCAUCGCCUACGUCGGCUGCUGUGGCAGCGACGUGCACUUCUGGCACCACGGCGGCAUGUCGCGCAAAGUGUCUCCCACCAACCCCAUCGUCAUGGGCCACGAGGCGUCCGGCACCAUCGUCGCCGUCGGCGCCUCCGUCACCUCGCUCCGCCCCGGCGACGCCGUCGCCAUCGAGCCCGGCUACCCGUGCCGCCGCUGCCGGCCGUGCAAGGAAGGAAGGUACAACUUGUGCAAGCUCAUGCGCUUCGCCGCGGCCCCCGGCGGUAUCGCGGCCGGCGUCGAGAAGAUCGCGACGCAUGGGACGUUGUGCAAGUAUUUCCGGAUUCCGGAGGACUUUUGUUAUAAGUUGGGGGAAGGGGUCGGGUUGGACGAGGCGGUGCUGGUCGAGCCGCUGGCUGUGGCCGUGCAUGCGAAUCGCCUGGCGGAUGUGAAGUCGGGCCAGCAGGUUGUUGUGAUGGGCAGCGGGACGAUCGGGCUGUUCUGCGCGGCUGUCGCGCGCGCGUUUGGGGCCGCGAAGGUCGUCGUCGUCGAUGUGUUGGAGCGGAAGCUAGCCUUUGCUGAGAGCUUCGUGCCGGGCGUGCGGACCUUCGUACCUCCUACCGGUAAGCCGGAGGAGGGCGUCGAUCCCGACGACGUCAGCCAGGCGACCGCCGCGCGCAUGGUCGACGAGCUCGACCUCGGCGACGGCGCGGACGUCGUGCUCGAGGCGACGGGCGCGGAACCAUGUAUCCAAACCGGCAUCCACGUGCUCAAGUCGGGCGGCACGCUCGUGCAGGCGGGCCUGGGCAAGGCGCGGACGUCGUUCCCUGUGGUGCGCAUGAGCGAGAAGGAGUUGACCGUCAAGGGCUGCUUCCGCUACGGCGCCGGCGAUUUUGAGCUCGCGCUGCAGCUGAUGCGCGAAGGGAAAGUGUCGGUCAAGCCGCUCAUCAGCUCGGAGGUGCCCUUCGAGCAGGCGAGCGAGGCGUGGGAGAGGACGGGGAGGGGCGAGGGGAUCAAGAAUUUGAUCAGGGGCGUGCAGGAUUGA